AUGAGUAAGACAGGAGAGACGGAGAGCCCAAAGGAUUCCGGAAAAAGAGGAAGGCCGACUUUAGCUGAACAGCUUGGGAAGUAUAGUUCGGGCAGCCAAGGAUCAUUGCUGGACUCUUUUAACAGAAAAAGAGAAGAAGCAGAAGAAGAAAGAAGAAGAGUGGAGAAAGAACUGAUAGAAAAUUUCCAAAAAGCAAGAAGAGUAGGAAGAUCACCACCGCAAGAAGCUACGGAAGGGGAAGGAACAGAAAGCGAAGGAACAGAAGGCGAACUUAAAGACAUAAAAAUGUACAAGUUAGACAGAUUGCCUGAGCUUGUGGUGACAGUGAAGAAGGACACACAAGAUAUUAAGAAACAAAACGAAUCCAUAAAUAAGGAAAUAAGAGAACUAAAAGAAGAAUGGAAAAGAAAGCAAGAAGCAUGGGAGAGAGAAUAA